CUCCCGGAAGCAUCCAGAAGCUUCCCAGAGCAAUGGCGAGGCUCCUCGUGCUCCGCUCGGCGCCGUACCACCGCUCCACCCUCUCCGCCGCCGCCAUCCUCUCCCCCUCCAACCUCCGCCACUCCGCCUCCUUCCCCCACCCCGCCCGCCGCCCCCUCCGCGUCCCGGCCCGCGCCAUCCAGUCCUCCUCCUCCUCGUCCGGCGCCACCAAGCAGGACGAGGCGCCCCAGACCGCCGGCGACGCCCAGGAGCCGCUGCCCGCCGCGCCGGCCUUCGUGGUCGAGGAGCUCGGGUGGGGCACCCAGCUCGCCGUCAAGCUCAGAAUGCUCGUCGCCCCGCCCUGGCAGCGCGUCCGCAAGGGCAGCGUCCUCACCAUGAAGCUCCGGGGCGAGGUAACGGAUCAGCUGAAGACCCGCUUCUCGUCGGGGCUCUCGCUGCCGCAAAUCUGCGAGAAUUUCGAGAAGGCGGCAUACGACCCGCGGAUAUCGGGGAUUUACCUGCACAUAGAGCCGCUGAGCUGCGGGUGGGGGAAGGUGGAAGAGAUCAGAAGGCACAUUGUGGAUUUCAAGAAAUCUGGUAAAUUUAUCGUCGGCUAUAUGCCUGUCGGCGGGGAGAAAGAAUACUACCUUGCUUCUGCGUGCGCUGAGCUGUAUGCGCCACCAAGUGCUUAUGUUGCUCUCUAUGGUCUGACCAUUCAGCAAACAUUUCUCAGAGGUGUGCUUGAGAAAGUUGGAGUACAACCAGAAGUUCAACGAAUUGGCCGCUAUAAAAGUGCGGGAGACCAACUUGCUCGGAGGAGCAUGUCAAAUGAAGUGAGGGAGAUGCUGGCUGCCCUACUUGAUAAUAUUUAUGGAAACUGGCUGGACACAGUAUCUUCCAAACAUGGGAAGAAAAUAGAAGAAACCGAGGAGUUUAUUAAUUCAGGAGUCUAUCAGGUCGAGAGACUUAAGGAAGAAGGUUGGAUAACUGAUCUAUUGUAUGAUGAUGAGGUAAUGACAAUGUUGAAAGAGAGAGUAGGACAGAACGACAAGAAAAGCCUGCGUAUGGUGGACUACAGUAAAUAUUCACGUGUAAGAAAAUCAACUCUUGGAAUAGAAGGGGGAGGAGAUAGAAUUGCGGUAAUCAGAGCAUCUGGAAGCAUAACUCGUACUCGCGGCCGGCUGAGUGUUGGUAGUUCUGGCAUUGUUGCCGAGCAGUUUAUUGAGAAGAUACGUACUGUUAGAGAAUCAGAAAAGUAUAAAGCUGUUAUCCUCCGUAUAGACAGCCCUGGGGGUGAUGCUCUUGCUUCUGAUCUGAUGUGGAGGGAAAUUAGACUUCUAGCUGACUCUAAGCCUGUGAUAGCGUCCAUGUCUGAUGUUGCUGCAAGUGGUGGAUACUACAUGGCAAUGGCUGCACCAGUCAUUGUUGCCGAGAAACUUACUCUAACAGGAUCAAUUGGAGUUGUCACAGGGAAAUUCAUCCUUCAAAAGCUCUAUGAGAGGAUUGACUUCAAUAAAGAAAUUCUAUCUAAGGGUAGAUAUGCAGAGCUUAAUGCUGCUGACAACCGCCCUUUAAGACCAGAUGAGGCAGAGCUUUUUGAAAAGUCGGCGCAAAAUGCUUAUGCAUCGUUUCGAGAUAAAGCAGCCAUGUCACGCUCAAUGAGUAUUGAUGAGAUGGAGACUGUUGCACAAGGUCGGGUGUGGAGCGGCCAAGAUGCAGCUUCAAGAGGGUUGGUUGAUUCACUAGGUGGAUUCUCACAAGCUCUAGCCAUUGCAAAACAGAGAGCCAAUAUACCGCAAGAUAAGAAGGUCCAGCUAGUUGAGAUCUCGAGGGCCUCACCAUCACUACCGGAGAUCUUGUCAGGCAUUGGGGGUUCACUGCUUGGAGUUGACAGGGUCUUGAAGGGGGUGCUCCAGGACGUCACCUCCUUAAAUGGAGUCCAAGCUAGAAUGGAUGGCAUAUUGUUUGAAAGAUUGGAAAAUGCGUCAGGGGAGAGUCAACUCUUCGUGCUCAUAAAGGAAAUUGUAAAUUAUUUCGAUUGAUCAUACCAGUCAAUACACUAAGUUCUGCGGAAAGUUAUAGAUAGGAGAAGAUGACAGAAUAGCAUGUCAAUAGUAGACAUCCACCUUAACUAGAUUCAGUCAGGCCGGAUUAAUACUACAAUACACUUGGGAUUGAAUGAUGCUACUUUGUUCUUUUGUACCGAUGCGGCAAUGCCCAUGGAAGUGUUGUAACGGCCAUACUGAAAAUGCAAGUGUCUUAGUUUUCUUGUUGAACA